AUGUUGAACAUUCGAUCAUGCCACCAGCUUGAACCUCCUCCAUGUCAACCACACUUGGGCGACCUUCUUAGAUGUCCAUUGGCAUGUCCUGCCCAAGUCCCACCUUCAAUCAAGUUGAAACACUUUAACCCUCUUGUGGUGACAAGGUCAUUUGAGUGCAUUGGCCAGUUCUUGGUGUUGGGUUCUGGAUCCAGGCCGAAGCAGGAGAUUUGCUAG